CCGCGAAGCAGCCGUACUUUUAUCGGACCCCCACCCCAAAUCCCCCAAUCCCUACCCGACCAAAAUCGAAGCUUCCACCAAACGCCCGGAGCCCCCCUCGUGAAGCAGCCCGGAUCGAAUUGCGGUCGUCUCGAUCAUCCGCUCGAUUCGACGCCGCCGGACGAUUUGGGCGCGGAAUCCGGAGGGGGGAAUCUGUGCGCGCGGGCGGAGGCGAUCGAGGGGAGCAGCCAUGAGCGAGGUGUUCGAGGGCUACGAGCGCCAGUACUGCGAGGAAUCCGCCUCCCUCUCCCGCAAAUGCACCGCCGCCUCCGCUCUCGAUGGAGAGAAGAAGAAGCAGAGGCUCUCCGAGAUCCAGUCCGGCGUGCAGGAAGCUGAAUCGCUGAUUCGGAGGAUGGACCUGGAGGCUAGGAAUACGCCGCCGAGCGUGAAAGCGGGUUUGCUAGCUAAGCUGCGGGAGUACAAAUCUGACCUUAACAACCUCAAGAGCGAGCUCAAGAGGAUCUCGGCGCCCAAUGCCAGGCAAACUACAAAGGAGGAGCUCCUUGAAUCUGGCAUGGCUGACACACUUGCGGUGUCCACUGAUCAGCGAGGAAGGUUGAUGAUGACAACUGAAAGACUGAAUCAGUCCACUGACAGAAUUAAAGAGAGCCGAAGAACUAUGCUGGAGACAGAAGAACUUGGUGUGUCAAUUCUUCAGGACCUUCAUCAACAACGGCAGUCACUACUGCAUGCUCACGAUACUUUGCAUGGGGUUGAUGAUAAUGUUGGAAAGAGCAAGAAAAUCCUGUCGGCAAUGUCAAAGAGGAUGGACAGGAACAAGUGGAUCAUUGGUGGAAUCAUUUCAGCUCUUGUUGUGGCCAUCCUUAUCAUACUCUACUUUAAGCUCGCUCACUGAGCCAGCCAGGUAGGUCCUCCAAAUUGUAUGUGUUCAGUAAAAUUGUGUGAUAAGGUUGUCUGAACGCUGUACAUUGGACGACACCCACCGAUUGUCCCUCGGAAGUUCAUUGGUUCCCCAAACAUGUUUAUAAAUAUUUGAUGAGUGGUUCAUUGGCAUGUCAUGUAUAGCAACACUCGUGUCAGGAGGUCAGUUGUGCCCGACCAUUUUAUAUGAUGUAAAACUGUUGAGAAAAACAAAAGUGAAAAAGAAGAUGACCUGUGUUGAUAUA